ACCACAAUUGUGGGGGCACCACAAGUGGGUUGCCUAAGCCACUUGUGGUCCACCAUACUUGGACCACCUCCCACUUGUGGUCAACCACAUUUGGAAGGAUCCUCCCUCCCUUGUGAUUGCACCAGCACCACCACCAGCAGCAGCAGCAGCAGCAGGUGCAGCAGCAGCAGCAGCAACAGCAGCAGCAGCAGCAGCAGCAGCAGCGGAUAGAGCAGCAGCGGCAGCAGUAGCAGCAGCAGCAGCAGCAGCAGCAGGAGGAGAUGCAGCAGCAGCAGCGGAUGGAGCAGCAGCAGCAGCAGCAACCGCAGGCAGUGCAGCAACAGCAGCCGCAGCAGGAGGUGCAGCAGCAGCAGCCACAGCAGCAGCAACCACAGCAGCAACCUCAUCGGCAUCGCUGCACCACCUCUCCUGAUUCCUCCUGGGCUGACUCCCAGC